UGCAUGUAGAUACAAUAACAAACAUUAGGCGACAUAUAAGCGGCACAGGGAUUGCGGCCGUGUUAGUGUAGCACAGCCUAGUACUCGGUGAACACGCUGCCAGCUCCCUGUCCCUCGGCCGCCAUGUCUCUGCCGGCCGUGAUGGUGGUCGUGGCUGCUGUCGCUGCGCAGGCCAGUGCCAAAGCCAUGUAUCCGUACGGCAACUACGGCAGUGCUGUCACUGCUGUGGGGAGUUACUACCCUGCAUCCUCUACUGCUUGUGGGAUGACCUCGUGCCAGUAUCCUAGUCAGUAUUACAAUCCUUGCUGUAUUGCAUCAACACCAUCACCAACACCACGACCGACACAGCCUCCCGUCAACUGCCCUGUGAACCCAUGCCAAUACCCGUACCCGCCCAAUAAUUACUGCUGUCCUAUACGACCAACAGCACCUCCAACCCUUCUGCCAACCUUACCUCCAACCGUACCACCAACACGCCCCCCCAUGCAGUGCCCCGUCAACCCCUGCCAGUACCCUUAUCAUCCUCAUAAUCAUUGUUGCCUUUACCGACCUACGGCACAACCAACCCUGCCGCCAUUGCCGACGCUGCCGCCAACGCAGCCACCCUACCAGUGCCCCGUCAACCCAUGCCAGUACCCCUAUCAGCCAAACAAUUACUGCUGCCUCCAGCGACAGAACAUCCAGCCUAUGCCCAUGCCGACGCUAUCCCCAAUCCCAUACCCAAUUCCAAGCCCGAUACCAGUGCCAAUGACGAGGCCAGUACCGAAACAGCCAACCUACGUCAUUACCUACUGCCCGUCCAGCGCGACGCCGUCGUACUGCCUGGCCAUGACCUACGGCUCCAAGACCUUCUACCAGCCCCUCAUGCCCAGUCUGCCCGUCACCACCACCACCACGACCACCACCGCAGCCCCCACCACCAAGAGGAAGUGCACAAGGUGCAAGAGAGACGCGCCCGACACCGAGGACAUCCUGGAGAGCAAGUCAGUGGUAGAGGACAGGGCCGCCCUCGAAGGAUGACAACAGCUUUGAAAGUUAGUGACGGUUAUACGGAUUCGGCUUACUCGGGGGCAUCAGUAAGAAGAGACACGGCUGCUCCCACCCCACAUCACCCUUCCUUGCCUCACCUUCCGCCCUACCUGACCCUAACUGAACCUGACCUAGCUUAAGACUCGUUGGCUGACUGGCUGACCGGCCCCUGGGUUCCCUUUUCGGAGAUCUUCCCGGCUCCCAGUCUCGCUUUACUACGGUGCAUUCCUUAGUGGCUUAAUUAUACUGUUUGUAUCCCAAAUACGUAUAUGAACACUUCUUGACUAUGGAAUAAAACAUGAGCAUUGAUGA